CUGAGAUAAAAAAAUGGUGCACUACUCUCUGGAUCCAGACAAUCCCACAAAAUCAUGCAAAUCACGGGGAUCCAACCUGCGAGUGCAUUUCAAGAACACCCGAGAGACGGCGCAGGCCAUCAAGGGCAUGCACAUCCGCAAGGCCACCAAGUACCUGAAGGAUGUCACCCUGAAGAAGCAGUGCGUCCCCUUCCGGCGCUACAACGGCGGCGUGGGGAGGUGCGCCCAGGUGAGGUUCAAGAUGAAAAUGUGGGAAGGAUGCUGUGUCUGGUCAAGAGGAAAAGAUGAUUUUGAGAUGGCCAAGCAGUGGGGCUGGAUGCAGGGACGCUGGCCCAAGAAGAGUGCGGAGUUCUUGCUGCACAUGCUCAAAAAUGCAGAGAGCAAUGCUGAGCUCAAGGGUCUCGAUGUGGACUCCCUGGUGAUCGAGCACAUCCAGGUGAACAAGGCUCCCAAGAUGCGCCGGCGCACGUACCGGGCACACGGCAGGAUCAACCCCUACAUGAGCUCCCCGUGCCACAUCGAGAUGAUCCUCACGGAGAAGGAGCAGAUCGUUCCCAAGCCAGAGGAGGAAGUUGUCCAGAAGAAAAAGAUAUCCCAGAAGAAGCUGAAAAAACAAAAGCUAAUGGCUCGGGAUUAAAUCUGCUCUGCCAGAUGUACAUAAAUAAAAUGAGAAAGUUUAGAUUUA